AUGGAUAUCUUAAACAUUCACUCAGCAUAACUUUCAGUAAGGAUCGAAAGUCACUCUCUAAUCGGUGGAGUCGUAUUCUAUCACAUGCAACUAUUCACCAGCGAUCAGAGCGAAGGAAUUCAGAUAAAUGAAAGGUACAGUGUCCUCCACGACUUCCAUAACCACUUGAAGAAGGUGCUUACAUAGGGCACUCUAAAGUGUCUUCCAUCUUUUCCUUCAAGAAUCACCCUACCUUGCACUAACUCUGAAAGCAAUACACUUAAACGCCAAAAAAAGCUAUAGGGCUACUUCCAGAGGCUGAUUGACUCAAGAGACCCGGUGGCUCUUGAAGAACUUAAGAAAUUCGCUUUAAUUCAGGAUCAUCAAGGAUAGAGAAAGAUCAUGGGAGAAACUAGCAAGAAAAAUAAUAACAUAAACAGUAGUAUACUUAUAGCUUCUGUCUUAGACAGUAGCAUGUCAAAGUCUAUCAUUGAAGAACUGCCAGAUAACGACAAGAAAUUCAACGAACAACUGAGACUCAAGACACUUCAAUCUCAAACCUCCUUCCCUAAAAUGUCUUUAGACACUUAAGAUACCCUAUCUAAGGAGAGCAUUACAAGGACAGAGCUUCCUUAAUUACUAAAGACUGAAAUAGAUUCUCCUAAAUUAGAUCUUACCUCCAGCGAUCUCUAAUUUCCUCAUAAAAACAUGAGUGCAUACUCAAACUCGAACGAGCAUCAGAACAUUCAUAGCAAAAGUUACCUCAUUGAGAAUACUGACUUCGUCUAAUUAUGCUAGGCAAUCAUCAGAGAAACCAACUUGAAUUUAAUGAAGAUUGGCUUUGACUAUAAUGAUGAACUCUGCGAUGAAUCAUUAUACGAGGUAUAACUGACUAAAGGGGAAAACAUACAGAAAAGGCUCAAACUGCAAAAAUUUGAAUUUAACAAUGAGUUCUUUGACAUCCCUAAAGGGACUAAUAAGAAUAUCAGAGAUUUAUGCAGAGAUGAGGGAGAGCACGAGAAGUAUGAGCUGGAUUAAGACUAAGAAUUAUUAGGGUGUGGUCUGGAUGACAUCAGCCAAAUAAUCAACUAAGAUUUUAGAUCUUUAUUUAAGAAACUUGAAAUAGUAUCAAACUUCUCAUCAGAUUCUCAAUGA